AUUGAAUUAAAAAAUUAGACGAGAAAAAAAAACAAAAUAUGUUCAGCCGGGAAAAAAAUUAUGGAAGGCCCACAGAUUAAAUCACACUAAGCCCAUUAGCGCAAUUUGACACCGGCAGAAAAUACGAGUCAGUUCCGACGGCGCUGACCGAAGAAACGCGUUUCUGGAGAAAAUUCCGCUCAAAGAAAAAUAAGAAGAAGAAGAAACGAUAGAGAGAGAAGUAGCAUUAGAGAAAUGGCGUUCACGAUGUACAGCUGCAAGGAAUGCGGAUCCGAUCUAAACCUUAACCCUAACGACCUGUUCCCUCCCGAUUUCUACUUCGAAGCCGGGAACAAAGCAACCAUCUCCUUCGCCGCCGUCGACGCCGACAAAUUCAGAUUCGAGAAGGAGGACAAGAUCAUGCCCUUCUUCGAAACCCUUAAUUACUGGGGAAUCCAACGUAAACGAACCAAGAUCAAGUGCCAUAGCUGCGGCCACCUCGUGGGUUACAUCUACGACGAUGGUCCUCCUCUCACCGGCGGUAUCGGUCAGUACGGGUUCGGUCCGAGUCAGGUCGUUCCUCGUGCCCCUCGUUAUCGAUUCAAAACCAAGACCCUUCUGAUCUCGUCCCAGACAUAAUAAAACCUCUAUCUGAGCCAGAGGGUUUAAGCUUUACAUAGAUAUAUAUAUAUAUACACACGUGUAUGUAAUUAAGUAUGUUGUUUAAGUUGGAUUUGUGAUUAUAUGAAUCAGUAAACUGCUAUCUAAGCAGAGGGUUUAAGCUUUACAUGUAAAUAAAGAGUGUGUGUUUGUGUUUAUCGUUUUAUCUUUUCUUCAGUAAUCUAUCAGUUCUUGUUAUGGCGA